AAGUAACAGACCCUAAUAAAGGCAAACUAUUCUGAAUGGAAGAAGAGAAGCCCAAUUCCUGCAUUAAAUCCUGUAAACUGCCCAUAAUAUGGAGAGCUCUGAUCACAUGUAUAGUACCCAAUUUCCUUGCUAGAGAUCCUCCAACAGUCCAACUUGCAGGUUUUUCUGUGGGAUUCAUGAGCAAUUCAGUUUAACUGAUUGUUGUUUUGUGUAUUUCUGAAUGAUUGAUUGGUCUUUUAUGGCAAUAUAAGAAGAGGGUAUCAGGUUAAUUGGUAUUCUCAUCAUUGCUACUUCUCUAGUCUUUCUUCAAACACAUAGUAGGCAUGUCAGGUUUCAGAGGAACAACAAUGGUUUCUUGGUUUGUAUUGGCAAUUGGGUUUGGUGUGUAUUUGCUCUGUGGGUCUGCAGAGCUUCAGAGAUUUGAACAUCCAACAAAGAGUGAUGGGUCACUGAGUUUUUUGGUGAUUGGAGAUUGGGGAAGAAGAGGUGGUUUCAAUCAAUCUGAAGUUGCUUUUCAGAUGGGAAGGAUUGGAGAAAAGCUUGACAUUGAUUUUGUAGUUUCUACUGGCGAUAACUUCUAUGACAAGGGACUGACAAGUGAGCAUGACACAGCAUUUGAGGAAUCAUUCACUAAGAUUUAUACUGCUAAGAGUCUGCAAAAGCAGUGGUACAGUGUGUUGGGGAACCAUGACUACAGGGGAAAUGCAGUGGCACAAUUGAGUCCUCUUCUCAGAAAAAUUGAUAGCAGAUGGCUUUGUUUGAGAUCCUUCAUUGUCAAUGCAGAGCUAGCUGAGAUUUUCUUUGUGGACACCACUCCAUUUGUGAAAACAUACUUCACAAACCCAGAUGGCCAAAACUAUGAUUGGCGCGGCAUCUCCUCUCGCAAGCGUUACAUUACAAACAUAUUAAAGGAUGUGGAAAUGGCUUUGAGUGAAUCAACUGCAAAGUGGAAAAUUGUUGUUGGUCACCAUGCAAUUAGAAGUGUUGGACACCAUGGUGACACCAAGGAACUUGUAGACCUUCUUCUCCCAGUUCUUAAGGCCAACGAUGUCGAUUUCUACAUGAAUGGACAUGACCACUGCCUUGAACAUAUCAGUGACACAGAGAGCCCAAUGCAGUUUUUAACAAGUGGAGCCGGAUCGAAGGCGUGGAGAGGAGAUACUAAAGAAAUGAACAAAGAAAGUCUCAAAUUCUUCUAUGAUGGGCAAGGAUUCAUGUCUGUGAAGUUGAGUCAAACUGAAGCAGAUGUUGCAUUCUAUGAUGUUUAUGGCAGAGUUUUACACAAGUUGAAUUCAUCGAAGCAGCUGCUGCUUCACCAGUCGAUAUAAAGCUUUAGAUCAAUAGCUGAAGUAGAUUAUGAUUGCAUUUUACCAUCGAUUUAUGCAGAUGAUUCUUUCUUGGAUGUAGUUUUGAAAGAUUUGAGAUACUAAGAAAUGGAGUGUAGAACUUGUGAUGUUGUUAUCAGUUGCAUGUUAAGAUUGAAUGAAAAAAUAGUACAUCAUUUUUUA